AUGGCAGAGAUCAUUGAUCAUUUAGAGGUUAUCUACGGGGUGGGUCGGGCGCCCGAGAGUAUCCCCGAGAUCAACGGUGCUCUUACAGACUUGAAUUCAGGACACAAGGGCGAAUUCGUAUACCUCAAAAAGGUAGUAAAAACCCUCCCACCACGUCCGCGCAGACACCAUUUCGAACAACAGCAACAGAUGCAGGAGCAAGAACAAAACGCCGACGACCGCCGUCGUCUCCAAUACAUCGGUGUAGAACGUCUCGGUCACGGCGAUCCCGCUAGAGCGGAUUUGGCUAAAGGUGCGGGUGGGGAUUUCCGUUUGUUGAGGUAUGAAUAUAAGUUUGCGGGACCUGCUAUUUAUGAUGUCGCUUUGUGGAGGAGCGGUGGACGUCAAUGUAUCCCACCGGCGGGAUGGGAUGGGAUGAGUGUUGAUAUUAAUGAAGGUCGAAGGGGGGAUUACCUAUAUAUUGUGUGGAAGAUUGACUAUUUUAUUUGUUGA